GAAAAGCGACUACUGGUAAUGAUCGGAGGGCCACGAGCAGGAUUUCGUAAUUAGGAUGGUAAUGACUGAAGACUGCGGUAAGGAAAAUUAUUUGCAGUUGACUAGUAGCUAAAUUGUGGCUUAGGUGAUCGUAUCGGCCGUUGUUUCAGCCACUAUUUCCAGGAAAGUGUAGUUUCCAGGGGGCUGUGUCUCGUGGAGGUCGUGAGACCCGAAGAAGCACGAUUACCAUGGUGUGCUGGUAGCAUUUAGCCCUGUUUCCUGUACAUAUUUAGAACUGUAUUACUUGUAUAGUCUUCCAGGUGAUUUGUAUAGCAAGAAAUGGCUCAGUUGCUUCUGGCUCGGCUGUUAGAUUGGGGAAAUCCUAGAGACGAUGGAUCAACGUGGUGGUCAGAGAGACGAGACGACGAUGAUGCAGAAACAUCCUCCGACGACCUGUCUGAAGAUUUCAACGAACCGCCGGAACUUCCGGAGGAUGUUCUUAUUAAUUGCUUCCAACACCUUCGCUCGUAUCAUGACAUUGCAAGUGCCGCCAGGGUUUCGAGAUCAUGGCACAGUGCAGCGGUGCGAUUGUGGGGGCAUCGCCAACGCCUGACCUUCGCCAAGUGCCGUAACCCGGAGAUUGCCUUGCCAUCGAUCAUUCCCAUGGCCUGCGUCGUCACCGACAUUGACCUGUGUGGGUGCCGAUUGUCAGAUGCAUCACUGGAGGCUGCCAGCAUGGCUACUCCUGUCUGCCAGCUUCAAUCAUUGUCCCUGUGGGGUGUGAAGGGUGUCUCUGACGCUGGCAUCUGUCGACUGGUGAUGAAGUGCAAGAGCCUCAAGCAUCUCAACUUGGGAGGGACCUGUGUCACAUCAUCUUCAAUCUUUACCAUUGCCCGUUCGUGCCCUUCGCUGGAGAUUUUGAAUCUUUGGGAUGUCGUAAAGUGACAGAUAAAGGAAUUCUCGCAGUGGUUGCGGGAUGCAUGCAUCUGAGAGAACUCAACUUGUGGGGUGUGCCGCUAUCUUUUCAUUGCCUUGCAUACCUCAUGUCUCGCUGCCCAGAUCUUGAGAUCAAGCCUACGCCAGGGGUUGGAUCUGGUUUCCCUGCGUAUGGCAUUGUGAGGCAAGCAGCGGACCUAACAAUUGCCCUUAUACGAUAGUGAGAGCUUGACUCUUGUAAACCAUGUUGUCUACUAGUAUGAGAAACAUUGAAGCAUAUGGCUUUCAUAUAUUGUGAAUACUACGUUACUCAAUGGGUAGUCCUCGUUCGU